UAUAAUAUAUAUAUAUUAAAUAAAACCAUAUAACGUAACAAUAUCUUUCUGAUGUUUUCUCCAUUUUGAUGAAUCUUUAUUACAAAAGUUGCCAUCAAUUAUCUGUUCAUUGAAUCUGAACGAUUUACGUUAAUAACAUAAAAGCAAUCGUCAAUACCACAGCUUUGAGUAAUCUUCCCGCGUAUUCCCUCGAGGAUAAAUAACAUUUAACUAAUUCGUUUUGGGGCUCAUAAGGUCCUGACAAUCGACAGAAAACUAGACCAGUGAUAGGCAUCGCCAAACAAUUACACAGUAUGAUAUAUGUAAAACUCAGAGGAUGGUGAUGAAGACAUAUUAUCAGCCACCUUGUACUGAUGAUCGGUUCGAUAUCUCCGCCUGUAAAAUAAUCUUCUGCAUUGCAGCAAGCCAGGCACAGAGGAAGGCCACCGAAUCUUCAUGCUUCCAGUCGCUGUGAACUUUGAAACACGUUAUUACUAUACAGACAGCCUGAUGUAGAAAAAGUACCUUUUUAUAUCAAUGUGGCGAGAGAUUUCUUGGUUAGAAAAGAAACACGGAGGUAAAUGUAAGUACUGUAUUUGCCUGGCAAUGAUACAUGGGUUAGAGCCCAAUAACACUAGUCACGUUAACUUUCUAGACGUUAUAAAAAAUGUAUGAUUUUUCGGAAUAUACUGUAUUAUUACAUCUGGAGUUGAGCUACUUUGAUCACAGUAAACUAAUAAUAGGCCUAACUAAACUAGAUUUUUGCCUAUAAAACGGUAAUGUGUUGCUGUCUUAAGAGCCGUGAAGUAUUCCGAAUAUUACGUAUAAAUUACAUAAUGCUGAUGGAUUAUUAACUCAUACCGUAAUAAAUUAUGUUAAUUUAAUGAUUAUAUUUAUGAAAAUGUUUAAUAUAGGCCUAUUCCGUUAUCGCGGACUUGAGUGGGGCGUGAGGGGCUGGCGUACGCACCCCCUUAUUUAUUGUAAAACAUGCUGUAAAGCUUAUUAGAAAAUGUCCAUGCUAAAUAGUAAAGUUACAACCUCAAAGGUGCCAGACCUUCAAGAAGGAUCCGUCCUCUUGCACUCCUACCAAGGGCUACCUGCUCUCACAUUCACACCCCCACCCUUUCUUAGCAGGUUGGAUCUGCACCACACCAUCUAAUUUUCUGUAAUACUGUAUUCGAUCCAUCACUGCAGGAGUACAAAAAUCAACCUCAUAUCAAGAUUAAAUUAUAAUCAUGUGGACAUGGGAUUACUCGGACUGAAACGGAAUGCUUGAUCGUUUGGUCUACGUGAUACCAAAGGGAAAUCAUAAGAAUACAACCAGAUGACAUAAUUCAAUUUAAAAAGCGCAGACGAUUAAAGAUAAACGGCAAUGAACAAGCGGUAAUUGAAUUAUGGAUAACAUUCGCGGGCUAUUAUCGACGCAUUCAUUUUUUAUUUUAGGUUGGUUUAUUUUCUAAUCCAACUAUAACCUCAUUUAAAUGAGCAUAGGCUCGUUGCAGGGUUGUAGGGUUACUCUAUAAAUUGAAAAAAAUGAAACAUCUGGUAAUUAACUGAUUUUUUCGACCAAUUUCUUAAUAAUGUAUUUUAUAGUCUUAUGUUAAUGUAAUUAUAAUUGUUUAUUGUUGAACUAGGCCUACUAUAUUUACUUGACAAUUUCAUUUGUAAUAUUAUUGGUUAAGGGUCUUGUUUUUAGUGACCAUGUUUAUAUUAUGUGGCCCCGUUAUUUGUUUUCUCCUAGAAAUGGUAAUGUAAGCUCAAGCAAGUUCAGAAAAUAUAUAAUCUGUUUCAGGAAAAAAAAAAUGAUUUUGACCGCUUUGUGCCAAAAUUCAGUCAGGCAAACAUGAUUGCCUCUGGCAGUUCUAGGCCUACGUCAAAGCUCGCAAAAAUAACAUCACCGUAAACAUUGUAAAACAGAUAGCCGUUAGUUAAUAAUUAUUAAAAAUAGCAUAUUAUAACUUCAGUAUUUCUAUAGAGUGUAGCAUUACGCUAGCCCCUUCCAAUUUGUUUUCCACUUUCAAUAAAAAUAGGCCUACCUUUAGUUUAGUACUAGUAGGCCUGGUUGUUUCUUUUUGUUUAUGACAUCAAGAAGCCGCCAUGAUGCUUUUAACGUCACAUAGGCCUACAUCUAAAGUGGAAAGCCAAGUUAAAAUAAAUUAACAGACAUUUUAACAGUUAAGAAGUACAGUAACAUUAUGCUAAAGUAAAACACCCUUUUCUAAGCGGAUCAUUGAUGGCUAAGCUAUAAUAUGACGAUCUUUUCAUUGUACUCCACGAGAAGCCUCUUGUAAGUUACUAUGUCUAUACAAAAUAUACAGACAAACUUUUUUUUUUAGAUUUGGGGCCCUAAUUACCUGUUUUUUUUUUGUUUUUUUUUUAAUAAGAUGCAUUUACAAAAGCAGAAAAAAAUAUUACGGUACAAUUUGUUGGCCAUGAGUUUGUCUUUUUGAAGGCCCCUAUGCAUUCUUAGGAUAUUUGAAUGUUGUCUUUUUUAAGUCUUAUGAAUUUAUAUAGCGAAUAACAUCACCUUUUCUUCAUGUGUGUUCAUGUGGUUCGUAGCUAUUGAUUGACGUGAUUAUCUCCGUAUCGUGUCAUGGGAAAUUGCGAUUUAUUAGUUAGUUAUUGAAUCACUCUCUGUCAUUUAUCCGGUCCGAUAGUCCUUAAAAAAAUGUUGUUAACAUCACCACUUGCUUUACGGACCUAAAUAAAAAAAAAAUCAUCCAAACGUAUCACGUUCUCUUUGGGAAAAACGAAAGAAAUAUACUACCGAGCAAUCUAAAAAUGACGUGUCGAGGUCGUUCGGACCUCGAGGCAUGCCCUCAGUAGAUAUAAUAUAGGCUUAGAGGCUAUCAGUACUUUCCGAGAAGACUAUCGACAAAGAAUGACACAUUAAGAAAUAAUAUUCAACUUGUUAUGAAUUUCCUGAAUGACAAAAUCGAAGGCUUAUUGAACGAAUUUAAUUGGUUAUAGUCGCUCCCUUCAUAUCGGCUGAAACUUAGCACGCACAGAAGAAGGAAUUCGUUUAAGCAUCAAGUGUGCUCACAGCAGUGCACCAGGCACCUGGAUCAGUAAAGUAGCUAAGUGGAGCAAGCACAAUAGGCCUAUAUUAAGCCUGGAAUCAUCAUCGACCAAGAAAAUUAUUAUUGUACAGCAGUCUACACUGUUACUGGGAGGUGAAAGCGGCCCUGCAAAAAAUGACCCCUGGAUGAACGGCCCAGCAAAAAUUGGCAACACAAAAAGUGGCCCCAAAUGGGAGAAAAUUAAAUGAUUAUGGCCGGAACUAUGGUAACUGUUACUGAUACUGUUACAGAGAUUAUGACAAACAUAACCACCAAUGGUAUGAGAAAUAUGACGACUGAUAACGUAUCCAUGGAAACUAAAGAUGGUGAUGCUGGUAGAAUGCCAGAUUUUACCUAUUUUUACAUCGACUCAACUAAUGAAGCAGAGUUUUUGUACACCACAGUGGCUAAGAUUAUUAUCUCCAUUAUCAUACCAAUAUUCUUUAUAAUUGGUAUUCUUGGUAACCUAGGAUUGCUCGUAGUAUUUGUACGCAUACGCACAUUGCGCAACUCAAUCAACAUUUAUCUUCUGAAUAUUGCCGCAUGCGACUUCUGUUUCCUUGCGACUGCCGGGCCUAUCUUGUGGACUAACUUUAGCAGCAGCCCGGUCGAGGACGACUUUUAUCACGUUGGCACUGUGGCGUGUAAACUAAGCAUAGCUGUAGUGGAUGCAUGCAUUGUUGUCUCGUAUUGGACAUUCAUGUUAGUUACCGUCGACCGGUAUCUUUCUAUCUGCUGGCCGAUGAAAUUCCGCAACAUAGAAAAUCCCAAGAGGGCGGUCGUACUGUGUAUCAUAUUGUGGAUUAUGGUGUGCGUUUACAAAUCCCCCGUAUUGUACUUUUCAACUUUAUUUAACGUGAACCUCGAGUGGGUGAAUACAACAUUAAUUGACCCCUCUACAGCACCUUCAGAAGUUGCAUACUGUCUGGUAUGCGACGGGCGUCCAGGACAACCCACAGAGGAUGCAUGCACAAUAAUCAAUAACCUCUACAUCGGUGAACAUAUUAUCUUGGUUGGGAUGGUGCCUAUAUUUGUGUUUCUUUACUUUAGCAUGAUUGUUUGCCUCCAACGUCAAAUAUCAAAACAUGGACAAAAUGACGUUGUGCAAGCUAAAAAGCACGUGAUAACCAUGCUGAUGUUGACAACGCUCGUUCUCUUGGUAACGACAACGCCAGCCCGGGCGCUGUUUCUCAUCCUUGCAUCUAAAACACUGAUGAUCUCACAAACAACCGUCGUGUCUAUACUGUACGCCAGUAAGUGUCUCACGUUUGUAAAUGCAUCAGUAAAUCCCUUUAUAUACAUUACAAUGAGCACAGGCUACAGGAACGCCUUCAAAACGUGUUUUCUUCCUCGUGCGUGCAUAGGAGAUCAGCAAAAUGGAGACGACCAGCAGCGGCUGAAGUCCAGCAAAGCCACCAGUGUACUUUCUCUCAAUAAUAUUGGCAGAAACAACAUAUUGAUUCAACAACCAAAUGACGAGGCAGUAUUAAACUGAUACAUACGGGCUAGAACCUAAUAAAAUAAUGUUGGUUUUUACCAAAAGUCCGGCCCAUACAUCCCUGUCAAAACACGUACGACAAAAUUAUAGGCGCAUACACUUUUUUAAAAUGCACCCAUAAGCUUUACUAAUGAUCAGCUGUGCUUACAAAAAUUUGCUUGCAACAUUAUUUUAAAAAGUUAUCUUAGAAGAGUGUUGGCCUACUUCUUUUCGACUUUUUUGCCCCAUGGACUGGUGGUUUAUAAUAGGCGGAAGAAUGUUUUGCCAUUGUGGCGCAAGUGGCAAUCAAUGACCUAAGGUCCGAAAAAAGCGGAACCUAUGGUCGUCGAGAGAAGAAUUUUCUGGGGUAUUUGGAAGCUUCAGAGUUGUAGUCAAUUUAAUCUCCUAUCUCUGUUUACACUCGUUCAGUAUUUUUAAAGCCUGCUCCCGGGAGGUAGGAAGGGGCGAGCACCACUUUUGCCAUCUCCGUCGCCGCUGAAAAUUUAAUAUAAAAUGUGUAUAGACGCUAUUAUAAAGAAAUAUUGCUAACAAACUCCUAAAGUAUGUGUUGUUGAAACCAUGGAGGAAAUAUAUUUCCUCCAUGUUGAAACUCAUUGGGCUGUAAACUGGCAGAUUACGAAUGAAUUUAUGCAGACCUUCGUAGAGACACUGUCUAAUAUUGAG